AUGGCUGCAAGUCGUCGUGGUGAACGCGUAGCAAAAGUGAUCGUUCAAACAGUCAAACAAAAAUCUCCGGUUAAAAAGGAAGCCAUCGUCAUUCAGCCGUGUGACGAAAAACUUUCUAACUUACGUAAUGCGGCAAAUCUUCUAUGUUCUACGGGCAUGAAAAUCGGCUAUCCAUGUUUAUGUACAAGCCUUUGUACACCUAGUCAUAUCUUUCGUCUAGCAAAUUAUACGAACGAAAAAUGUCUCGAAGUGACUGGUCAAAACUUAACUUGUCUUCAAAAGAUUCUCGAAUACAAUGUUCAACAUGGAUUCUACUUCUUUCGCAUCUCAUCACAAACAGUUCCAUUUGCGAGCCAUGAAGUGUGCACAGUUGAUUGGCGAAAACAUUUUUCAGCUGUAUUGAAACAAAUGGGACAAUAUAUAAAAGACAAUGACUGUCGUAUCAGUAUGCAUCCUGAUCAAUUCUGCUUGAUUAAUGCAAAAGAUGACAAUAUUAUCAAUCGAAGUGUUGCAGAAUUAGAUUAUCAUUGCCAAUUAUUGGACGAUAUGGAAUUAGAUGCCAGCGCAAAGAUACAAAUCCAUGUUGGAGGUGUCUAUGGCGAUAAACAGGCAGCAAUGGACCGCUUUAUUGAACAUUACAAGACGAAACUGAGUGAUGCAGUUCGUCGUCGUCUCGUUAUUGAAAAUGAUGAUCGAUUAUUUUCUGUCAAAGAUUGUCUUUACAUUCACGAACAUACACGUAUCCCGAUUUUAUUUGAUAAUCUUCAUCAUGCUUGUUUGAAUAACGGUGAGCCGAUGAUCGAAGCAAUGAAACAAUGUUUUGCUACUUGGCCUGAUAGUCAACGACCGCUGAUCGACUACGCUACUCAACAAGAAGGCAAACGCGUCGGAGCUCAUGCUGAUCAUAUUGUCGAAACACAUUUUCAAUUAUUCGCACGUGAAACACGAGAUCUUCAUUUUGAUAUUAUGUUAGAAAUUAAAGAUAAAGAACAGAGUGCAAUUAUAGCGUUGCCUUAUGCUGCUCGAGAACGCGUUCGAAGUCAAACAAUUGAUAUCGAUCCUGGACACUAUCGUUACAUUUAUGAAAAUGCUCAACGUGUACAAAACGAAGCUCAUGAACGAAAACAAAUUCGAGCUGAAAAAAGAAAAUUGAAGAAAAAACUGGACGAAGAUGAAGAAGUAAACUACAAACCGAAGUCAUCUAAGAAAGUCAAACAUAAGAAAGCUGAAUAG